UCUGCAUCAGCAGCCAUGGUACUGGAGGAGAUGGAGUGUGACUCUGUAUAUGAGCCCCAUAUCACUGAGGAACAUGUAGAGAGUUACUAUGGGAAGGUGCACUGCAUCAUGAUGGGAACUCCAAAGACAAACCAUCCUGUUAUCUUGACAUUUCAUGAUGUUGGACUGAACUACAAAUCCUGUUUCGAAACCCUGUUCAAACACGAGGAUAUGCGGGAAAUUAUCAGACAUUUUCCAAUUUGUCACGUUGAAGCGCCAGGACAACAAGAGGGAGCCAAAACUCUGCAUACUGGACAUACCUACCCUACAAUGGACCAGCUGUCUGAAGUCAUUCCUGCUGUCAUCAAACACUUUGGGUUAUCUCGGGUGAUUGGAGUGGGAGUUGGAGCAGGAGCUUACAUCCUGGCUAAAUUUGCUCUGAAUCAUCCUGAUAUGGUGGACGGAUUAGUCUUGAUCAACAUUAACCCCAGCGCUGAAGGACUAAUCGAUUCUGUUACAAGCAAGAUCACUGAAUGGACCCACACUCUCCCUGACACACUCAUCUCACACUUGUUUGGAAAGGUUGAGAUUUUGAACAACCAUGACCUCAUCGCCACAUACCGCCACCUCAUCACGACAACAAUGGACGAGUACAACGUGAGUGAGUUCCUUCACUCCUACAACCACCGCCACCCCCUGGAGGUCGAGAGGCCCAUCCCUGGAGGAAACAUCAAUGCAAGGACCCUCAAGUGCUCCACUCUGCUGGUUGUAGGAGAUAAUUCUCCCGCUGUGGAGGCCGUGGUCGACUGCAACUCUAAACUCGACCCCACCAAGACAACUCUGCUCAAGAUGGCGGACUGUGGAGGACUUCCUCAGGCGGAUCAGCCAGCCAAAGUUAUUGAAGCUAUGAAAUAUUUUAUCCAGGGCCUGGGAUACUUGUCCAGUGCCAGCAUGACUAGACUUGGGUCACGAACAACUUCCUUCUCCAGUAUCGAUGGCUCUCGGAGCCGCGCACACACCAACGAGCUGCAACGAGGCCGAACAUACUCACACAGCGCCGAGGACAAGCAUGGCCCCACACACAGCACCAUGGAGCAUACUUCAUAGACCACAUCGUCCAAUAAAGUGGCAUGCAAGAGAGCACUCUGCACCAAAUGGCAUGCAAUUAUUAACAUACCUCAUUAUAUUUACUAAGAUAGCUUCACUCUGUCAUGCCCUUUUCUUUGCACUAACUCUAGCAGAAAGGUCUUUGUUCCCUCUUCUGUAUCAUCUGUGUCUCUUCCUAUUCCUUCAACUAUUUAACCAUCAUUUCCUACAUUUCUCUCCUGGUGUUGUAUCUAGUAUCUCCAUAAAUUAGUAAUCAAAACUGAACAUUGUCUGUUUAUGUAAAAAGCUCAAAAGUGUUUUCAUGUAUAAUUGAUCAAAUGAAGAUAUAAAGAUAAAGUGUUUUCUAGUGUGAAGACUGGAUGUUCAUACAUAUAGUAGGAAUGUGUAUUGAUUAUGCUACA